UGAUACUCACUGCCGCGUUAGUAGUUGGUAAUUUGCCUAGUUUUUUUGUGGUUUGUGUUUUUAUGUUUUUGUCAAUGACAUCAGCUGAGACGAACUUAAAUUCGGCGAACACCAGGUCACGAUUGUAUUCUAGCCUAUGAUUUCAACGGGACGUCAUCAAGAGUAUAACUUCACAUAAAACUUCUAUAAUGAGAUGGUUUUCUAAAAGUUCUGGUUCACAACGCGCUUUAGUAGAGAAUAAGCUGAAAGUAAAGAAAAAACCAUUACUAUGGUCGCUAUUAUGCGCAACGAAACGGUCAAGUUUAACUUUUAAGCGUCCCUUUCGAGAAAAUAUAGAUACUCAAAAGUCAAGGUGGGUUCAGCAACAUCGAAAGUCAAGAAUAUCUAAUAACUUUGACACUAAUCUCUGUUCGUCUCUAUCAAGUGAAUCGGGAAAUUAUAUAAAAACAUUUAAACGGGAUGAUCCAAUCGCUCCGACUUUAAAACAAUGUUCUAAUGAAUUACCUAUAGCUUAUUGUCCAAAUUGUCACACAAAUGUAGUUCCAGUAUAUCAAAAGGUUAUUUAUUCAAAUCAUACGAUUAUGGAUAAUAAGGUUUCAGAAAGUGAAAUGGUUGAAAUAUCUAACGAAUAUACUGUCUACGAAUCUGUUUAUAAAAAUAGUUUACUUUCUAUUGAUACUAAUAUGGAUUGUGAGUUAACUGAGCGCAAAGAACUUCAACCAGUUGACAAGGUACAAUUACCUUUGUAUUUCCUGCCAAUAGAACCGUUAGCCUUCAGUACUAUCGAUCGUAAAGCUAUUGCCUUCGAUGACUGUAAAACAGUGUACGACGAAGUUGCUUCCGAAAAUGAGGAAGACUCAUCUUCAGGGCACUAUGAUUCAUUACACUUUGUAAUGAUAAAACAAAACACCCGACCUUAUCGUAAGCGUAGCGCUUAUCCUGAAUCAGAUUCAUAUCAACAAAUGAAACGGAUGAGACGAGAGGUGUUCGUUUGUGAAGAAUAAAUGUAAUCUUGUCAAAGUAAAAUUACAUAUUUUAUAAUAAUUGGUGGCAGCAUUUAUGUUUAAAAACACCUUCGGCAUUUUCUAACUUUCCUCGUCAAAAAUCACUAAGUUUUUGUUAUUUCGGUGUUUGUUAUUAUCAUUUUUAUAUAAUUGGCAUUGUUUUCUAAGUAUUAAUAACAUUCCGAUUUUAUAUACUA